UCCUUUUUUUUUUUUUGAGUGGGCUCUUAGCACCAGUGUCAAGCUCUUUCAUUUUCUUUUUACAAGCAAAUUUCUUGGUUUGCUUUGAAGUUUUAAGUUUUCUUUUUACAAAGCAAAUUUCCUGGUUUGCUUUUCUUAUUUUUUCACAUACAAUAAGUUUCUUUUGAAGCCUGCAUUGUGAAAUGAAGAAGGGAUCUUGGCAAGAAAAUUGCUGCAUUUUUAUGUCUCUAUGGUUAGAUCCAUGAUUUGGGGCCCAUUGUUGUAGCAGUUGUUUUCAGUCAUUAAAUGCAUUACCCUUUAGCUUAUUUUGUGUUAGCUAAAAAGAUUGUUUCUUGUUGAAAAAAAACCAGCGUCUUCCAUCCUUUUUUUAAAGCUUGGCUUUGUCAAAAAUGCUCUCUUUCAUCAGGUAAAUAGCUUCAAAAAUGGUUGAAUCUAUGGAUUUAAGAGCUUGUUUGUAAAGGUUUUUUUUUUCUCUGUGUGUGUUUUAACUUUCAUUACCUUGUCUGAAAUUAAGCUGCUUGUGUUCCAAUUUCUUAUUUUUUAAGUGCUAUGAAGCUGUUUAGAACUUUAGUGUUAGCCCUGUUUUUAGUUACUGCAAUGGGACAACUUCCGUCACAGGACAUAUUAGCAUUGCUUGAAUUCAAAAAGGGUAUUAAACAUGACCCUACUGGCUAUGUCCUUGAUUCAUGGAACGAAGAAUCCAUUGAUUUUAAUGGCUGUCCUUCUUCUUGGAAUGGUAUUGUUUGUAAUGGUGGGAAUGUUGCUGGCGUUAUACUUGAUAAUUUAGGUCUAUCUGUUGAUGCAGACUUAAGUGUUUUUUCGAAUCUUACGAAGCUUGUGAAACUUUCGAUAUCGAAUAAUUCAAUGUCCGGUGUUAUUCCCGACAAUAUUGGGGAGUUUAAAAGUCUAGAGUACUUGGAUGUGUCAGAUAAUCUGUUUUCUUUGGCAUUACCGGUAGGCAUUGGUAAAUUAGAGAGCUUAAGGAACCUUUCGUUAGCUGGGAAUAACUUUACUGGUUCGAUACCAGAUACGAUUUCAGGGCUUGUUUCGGUCCAAUCUUUGGAUUUGAGUCGGAAUUCCCUGUCCGGUACCUUGCCAACCACCUUAACGGAAUUGAAUGAGCUGUUGUAUCUAAAUCUAUCUUCCAAUCAGUUUACGAAGAGAAUACCAAAAGGGUUUGACGGCAUUGCCGGACUUCAAGUUCUCGACUUGCACGGGAAUAUGCUAGACGGUAGCUUAGAUGGGGAGUUUUUCCUUUUAUCGAAUGCUAGCCAUGUUGAUUUUAGUGGGAAUAUGCUGCAAAGCUCAAGUUCGGGGAAAUUGCUACCCGGCAUUUCGGAGAGUAUUCAGUUUUUAAACCUUAGCCAUAACCAACUUACAGGAUCAUUGGUUGGGGAUGCUGAGCUUCGGUUAUUCGGGAGUUUGAAGGUGUUGGACUUAAGCUACAAUCAACUGUCUGGAGAAUUGCCCGGAUUUAACUUUGCAUAUGAUCUUCAGGUCCUUAAGCUCAGCAACAAUAGAUUUACGGGCUUCAUUCCUAAUGUCCUGCUGAAAGGCGAUUCACUGCUUUUAACUGAGCUAGAUUUAAGUGGCAACAAUCUCUCAGGGCCGAUAUCGAUGAUCAUGUCGACAAAUCUGCAGAUACUCAAUCUUUCUUCGAAUGGGAUCACAGGGGAACUUCCGUUACUGACCGGAAGUUGUGCUGUACUUGACUUAUCAAACAACAAAUUAGAAGGAAACUUAACCCGAAUGUCGAAAUGGGGGAAUAUUGAAUACCUUGAUCUUAGCCAGAAUCGUUUGACAGGAUCAAUUCCUGAGUUAACCCCUCAAUUUCUGCGGUUAAAUCAUCUCAACCUUUCGCAUAAUUUGCUUACUAGCUCUCUACCGAAAGCAAUACUGCAGUAUCCGAAGCUUAGAGUCCUUGAUCUUGGUUUUAACCAGUUUGAUGGACCUUUUCUAAAUGACCUACUGAAUUUGGCUACUUUGGAAGAACUUCAUCUCGGGAACAAUUUGAUUUCCAGUGAUCUUAAGUUUUCUCCUUCGAGUGAAUCCAACCUCCGUGUUCUCGAUCUCUCUAGUAAUCGGCUUAACGGUUAUUUUCCUGACCAAAUUGGGUCAUUGGCUGGACUUCAAGUGCUCAAUCUUGCAGGCAAUAACUUAUCCGGUUCACUACCUACUUCCUUGGCUGACAUGAACUCACUAAGCUCAUUAGAUAUAUCCCGGAAUAAUUUUACCGGAUCUUUACCCAACAAGGUCCCUAACAGCCUUCAAAGCUUUAAUGUUUCUUACAAUGAUCUAUCCGGCAUUGUCCCAGAAAAUCUGAGGAAGUUCCCUACUUCCUCAUUCUACCCCGGAAAUUCUAACUUGUAUUUUCCAGGCGGUCCUCCUGGAUCAAACAAUUCCCCUGCUGAAUCGAAGAAGAAACGGAUCAACACGAUAGUGAAAUGGGUGAUUGUGGUAUCAUGUGUGGUGGCUCUUAUCAUUCUCGUCUUGCUUGCUAUAUUCAUACAUUACAUCCGUAUAUCUCGGAGAACUCCUCCGGAGCCUAUUAGAAGUAAAGGUGGUGUUAGCAAACGAGCACCGAGAAACUCUUCUAGUGUUGUCGGGACUGAGAGUGGGGGUGCUACAGUUGUCUCAGCGGUUGAUCUUGUGUCUUCACGGAAAGGAUCAUCAUCAGGAAUUAUCAGUCCCGGUGAGAAAAUGGCAGUGGGUACUGGAUACUCUCCUUCGAAGACCAGCCAUUUAUCUUGGUCACCCGAGUCUGGAGAUUCAUUUACUGCCGAGCACCUUGCGAGACUGGAUGUAAGAUCACCGGACCGACUCGUUGGCGAGCUGCAUUUUCUCGAUGAUACAAUCACAUUGACACCAGAGGAGCUGUCACGUGCUCCAGCCGAAGUUUUGGGAAGGAGCAGUCAUGGGACUUCGUACAGGGCAACACUGGAUAAUGGAGUAUUCUUGACUGUGAAGUGGCUUCGUGAAGGGGUCGCAAAACAGAGAAAAGAGUUCGCUAAGGAGGCUAAAAAAUUCACGAAUAUCCGGCAUCCAAACGUGGUUGGUUUGCGAGGGUACUAUUGGGGCCCUACUCAACAUGAGAAGCUGAUUCUUUCGGAUUAUAUCUCGCCUGGAAGUCUCGCAAGCUUUCUCUAUGAUCGACCGGGAAGAAAAGGUCCACCAUUAUCGUGGGCACAGAGAUUGAAAAUAGCGGUUGACGUUGCCCGAGGUCUAAACUAUCUCCAUUUCGACCGAGCUGUGCCACACGGUAACCUAAAAGCAACGAACAUACUAUUAGAUGGGCCUGAUCUUAAUGCUCGUGUUGCCGAUUACUGCCUCCACCGUCUAAUGACACAAGCCGGAACGAUGGAACAAAUUCUAGAUGCUGGUCUCUUGGGAUAUCGGGCACCAGAGUUAACCGAUACCAAGAAACCAUUGCUUUCCUUCAAGUCAGAUGUCUAUGCAUUCGGAGUGAUUCUGUUGGAACUUCUAACAGGCAGAUGCGCAGGUGAUGUAAUUCCAGGGGAAGAAGAAGGAAUCGGAUUGAUAGAAUGGGUUCGGUUGAAGGUAGCAGAAGGCAGUGGCUCGUCUUGUUUUGAUUCGGCUUUAGCUCAAGAAAUGGGGGAUCCGGCUGCCGAGAAAGGAAUGAAGGAGGUUCUUGAAAUAGGAUUAAGAUGUGUUCGAUCUCUUUCGGAGAGGCCGGGUAUCAAGACUAUAUAUGAGGAUCUUUCGUCAAUAUGAAUCAGCAUUUGGUUUUUGUAUUCUCGUAAAUGUUAGGCAAGUCGGGGACUUAAACUAGAUUCAAAUGAUCAGGGAAUUUAAUCUCUCAUUGGGCUCCCUGUUUUUGCAUCUUUUUGGUCGUUUUUGGAGCAUCUGGUUUUAGCUUUUAAUUUCUAUUCAAAAUUUGCUGUACAAUGAAUGCACAUUAUGGAAUGGAUAGAAGGUGUUUCUAGAUUAA